AUGGAUUUGCGCAGCAGCGCCUACCGCCGCUUAGUAGCCAAGCCCCAAGACGCUGGUGUCUAUGAGGGAGGAAUGCCAUAUGAUGGACUUAAGCAGCUUGCGCAGGCCGUGGAAAUGUCGGCACAGGAAGCCAAUGAAGACGAAGAAAAGCUGCAUUUCGAACGUGCCCGCUACGAGAGCGAGCUGGAGUGCUUGUCCUCGCAGCCCAUGGAUCAACGCCAAUCAACCAUGCUGCCGUCGCCGGCUCGUGCCUCGCCUGAGGAUAUGGAUGUUGAUAUGGAUGUGGAUAUCUCACAGCCUGAUUGCAAUAGUUCUGUUGGUGGGCCCAUUCAACUGACAGUCCGUGCAACCGUACAUCAUGCCCUCGACUGGAGUCCCACCGCCGAGCGUCGGUCUGCACACAAGCGCAGAGCUGACAGCAACGGCAAUACAAUCGGCUUGGAGGAGAAGCGUGCCCGUACCGAAAACAGCAAGAAUCAGAUGCAGCAGCAACAGCCGGCAGCCGCCGAGGGAGAUGUCAAUCCGCCAUCAAUCGCAUCGAUGGACUCUGGCGUCAGUGGGGAUGAGCUGAGCUCGGUUACCUCCAGCGCAUAUGAAAGCAGCUCAGUGCUGUCCAUUGGCGAGGUGCCCAGUGGUCUAAUGGUCAGCACAAGCAGUGUCGCCGUGUCCGAUCGAUCGCGCAAUAGCAACACCAGCAGCGAAAUCUUUUCAUAUGAGAGCCACGAAUGA